UUGACAUAUUAUUUUGACCUUUGACCCUGAUUUUCGACCUAUAUUUCAGAUUGGCUGCAAAACGUUACUUACAGGUAGUCAAAAUAGAUACAGGUUGGGCCACAAAAAAAUUCACAUAUUUUAAAGUCAUACGUAUCUCUUGUUUUCUUGAAUAGUGUCUUCUAUCUUUGAAUUUGAGAUGUUGUUUGAGUGGUGCUAUAUAAAAUGGCCGAUCUUAAAAUGGUGUCUUGAAUGAGUGCGGAGACAGGUUCAAGCUAAUUUAUUACAAAACUUCUUGACAUAAUUUUGACCUUUGACCCUGAUUUUCGACAUAUAUUUCAGAUUGGCUGCAAAACGUGACAGAUAGUCAAAAUAAAUACAGGUUGGGCCAUAAAAAAUGCACAUAUUUUAAAGUCAUGAAUUUCUUGUUUUCUUAAAUAGUGUCUGCUAUCUUUGAAUUUGAGAUGUUUGAGUGGUGCUGUAAAAAGCCGAUCUUAAAAUGAUGUCUUGAAUGAGUGCGGAGACAGGUUCAAGCCAAAUCAUUACAAAACUUCUUUGCAUUCUUGACAUAUUAUUUUGACCUUUGACCCUGAUUCUCGACCUAUAUUUCAGCUUGGCUGCAAAACGUUACAGGUAGUCAAAAUAGAUACAGGUUGGGCCACAAAAAAAUUCACAUAUUUUAAAGUCAUGCGUAUCUCUUGUUUUCUUGUCUUAUUUUCUUGUCCUUUGACCUUGAUUUUCGACCGGUAUUUCAGAUUGGCUGCAAAAGGUUACUCCUUUGCCAUUUUUCAUCAAAUUUCAAUUUUGUUUGCUUUAUGUGAUAGGGCUUGGUGAGGAUCUACAAAACUUCCCCACAGAAUUUUGACCCUAAACCCUAGGUAUUUUUUAUCAUUUUGUAAAAUUGGCUACAGAACGCUACUCCUUCAACUUUUUUUGUCCGAUUUCAAUUCUGCCUGGAACUGGCUGCUACUGGGCAAGACACAUUUCGGUGAUCACUUUGUUUUAUAAGAGAUUAAAAUGGAAAAAUUUAUGCAACUUUACAUUCACGGGUCUUAUAAAAUCAGUGAUAUAUAAUUAAAAAUGUGAAUAUAUAUAAUAUAUAAUUUAAAAUGUGAAUAUAUCUUGCCAUCUUUGAAAUUUAUUCUCUCCUAUUGAGUUUGUAGAUAAAUCCCAAGUUUAUGACACAAUGGAUUCUCCUAAGAUGUGGAAGGUGUGGCACAGGAGCAUGAAAAAAUCAGUUAUAGCGUCCAAUUUUGACGAACUUGUCACUAAAGCACUGGAUAAACUGCAACAGAGCAGAGACCAACUCUUGAACAUCCAGCUUGAGGAUGGUACAGAGGUAGAAGCUGAUGUAUUUCCAUAUUUAUCAAAUUCGGAACCUCUACAUUUUACCUUUGCCACUGAAAAUAGAAGCCCGAGCCCAAACUUUUCAUAUAGCAGUCCUAGCAUGAGCCCAGGCUUGCCAGAUGACGACUUCUCUAGCGUUGAUGACAUUCAACAUGACUGCGAUUAUUCUGCUGACUUCUCUCCACAUCACUCUUCACCGAUAUCAACAAAGAUACCAAACCUUGAGAAACCAACGUCACCGAUACCCUCCACAUCAAUGUCCAACUUGACAUCAAAGGACUCUAAUAGCUCAGGUGGAAAUCAACUGGACACCAAGAAAAUAAUAAAACAAGCAACACUCAACAGAUAUAUUCCUGGAGCAUCUCCUCCUCCAGCAUCUCCACCACCUACCACUUCACAUCAUAGAGACCGGGCACGCAUUUUGUCAGAGGAUGGAAGAAAUUCACAGUACAAGGCUGUGAAUGAUGCCUGUCAGGCCAUAUUUGACAAAAAUCCAGAAAUUCUGUAUCAAAAUGGAGGAAAAGGGAAGUUGUUGGAAAUGGGAAGGGCUGAGGUGGAAAAUUCUUAUGAAUUUAGGAAAGGGUACAGUCAGGGCAAGAGGGGGAAGAAGCAAAAUAUUAAGUCGCCUGAAAUGAGACAGUGGAAUGUCAUCACAAUUUGGUUCUUGGAGGCAUGAAUGGUGAUACAUGUACAUUCAAUAAAAACAAGAUCUGGUAUAACAAAAAACAAGAACUAAUCAUGUACAUGAACUACAUUUAUGUACUUUUUGAAAAUGCAGGAAUUUGGGUUCAUGUUGUUCCCAUAUAGCAUGCAGCCAUUGAGUCACAUUUGGUGAUUUUAAGAAACUGGUUUCUAUACCAUAGCUAUAUCCUUUUCUUGGUGUUACUUUGAAAAGAAAUUGAUUCUAUGGCAAUCAUGGGGGGUUCUUCGGGAGAGGGCACUUACUUUUGAUGUUGAAUUUAAUACUACAUAAUUAUAUUGCACCUAUACCUUUUUUGUGUACCAGUUCUUGUAAGUUUACAAGUAAAAGUUCUUGAUAGAUUCAUUAGAUUGAAAGCAUUUUCUCAUAAAUAGUCAAAUUAACUGCCACAAAAAGAUGUUGAGACUCUUCAAAAUUUAAUCUAGAAACCAUGCCGCAUUUGAUAUAAAAACAUUUCAUUCGCAUAAUGUGGUAAUACCUUGUCUAAGUCGACCUCGCAUAAGUCAAAUAAUCGCCUAAGUCGAAGGUCUUUUCAAGUCCUCUUCUCUUUACAUUCUAUUGUUUUUACCCCUCAUAACUUGAAUUCUCUCUAAGUCAAAGCUAUUUCUUCAGUCCCAACAGAUUCGACUUAGGCAAGGUUGACUCAACAUUUCGGUGCUUCAAAAAGCACGGUAAAGGUUGUUUUAAGGAAAUUAUGCUAAUUAACUGAACAAAGUGCAAUUUCAAAAAUGGUUUAUAAUUAAGCUACUCACAUGCUGCUUUUUAAGGGCUCAUUGCCCCAUGACAA